GAACCUAGCAUUCUCCAACACAAACAACCCAGUCACAAUGUUUUCGAGGACAGCUUUCGCCGGCGCCUUCCGCGCAGCAGUUCGCCCGUCGCGGCAACUCGCCAACCCGCUCCAGAACGCCCGCCUCACGCCUCUGCAAAUUCGCCUCCUCUCGCAGGAAACGCGCCAGGCCAUUGACAAGGCCGUCGCGUCGGCUCCAGUUGUCUUGUUCAUGAAGGGUACUCCGGAGAUGCCGCAAUGCGGGUUUUCGCGGGCGAGCAUACAGAUCCUCGGCAUGCAGGGCGUUGACCCCAGCAAGUUCACGGCAUUCAACGUGCUCGAGGAUCAGGACUUGAGGGCGGGAAUCAAGGAAUACUCCGAGUGGCCAACCAUUCCCCAGCUGUACGUCAACAAGGAGUUUGUUGGCGGCUGCGACAUCUUGAUGUCGAUGCACCAGGAUGGUUCGUUGGCGAAGAUGCUGGAGGACAACGAUGUCCUUGUGCCCGCUGAGGAGGACGCGAAGCCGGAAUAGAGGUCGGCAUCAAGGUGGCGAUGUGUAUGAGUGUCACGGUUGAUUAGAUAUCCUAUACAUAACCUCUGUACGAUUUAAGGUAAUUGAUGGGUGUUGCGGCAUGUUGAAGUGUUGAGAUUGCGUGGUUGCCGGUUUUGUGCUUCCCGGCGUCCUUCCGCCACUUCCUGAACCAUCAGUCUUAUUCUCACACUUUAACAGCACCUUUCAAUGUACACUACUUUUUCACGUACAUAAUGGCACCAAAUAUCCCGUCCCG